AAACUCAUCUGCCGUUGUGUUGGCUUUUCAAAAUAACUCCCACACGUUCCUCACGUCCGAGUCGACGCUGUCCGCAAGUGCAUUUCCUUCUUUUCUCUUUUUUUUUCAAACUUCUCUCAGUUGCUCUUGCUGCGGUCUGCACGAUGUGAUUCAGGACGAGAGCGCACAAAAAAGUCUUCCAUGUCCCAAACGCAAAAAGAGAGAGAGAAAGAGAGAAAGCCUGAAGAGCUGCAGCUGGGAUCUUGGAUGCGUCUGCGGGACAGUGUGUGUAAAGGUUGGAGUUGAAAGGCUGGGGAAAGAAAAGACAAGAAAAGAAAAGGACUUCUUUUGCAAUCUUUGUUUUUAAUUGAAGAAGGAGGGAAAAAAAAAAGACAUCAAGCUGGCUCACUCUCUCCCGGCCCACACCGCGCUGACAGCCGCUCUUCAGCCCCUGUGGAGGAGCGUCACCGGGAAGCGCAUGGCGUCCGAGCUGGCGCUGAGCUCCACCGAGCUGCCCACCAGCCCUCUCGCCAUGGAGUACGUCAACGAUUUCGACCUGAUGAAGUUCGAGGUGAAGAAGGAGCCUGCGGAGACCGAGCGCGUCGGUUUGACCCAGUGUGGGCGCCUGCUCGCCGGAGGCUCCCUGUCUUCUACGCCGAUGAGCACACCGUGCAGCUCGGUGCCGCCCUCUCCGAGCUUCUCGGCGCCUAGUCCCGGUUCAGGGGGCGAGCCCAAAGCGCACUUGGAGGACUUUUACUGGAUGGGUGGCUACGCGCAACAUCAACAACAACAGCAGCAGCAGCAGCAACAACAUCAGCAGCAUCAACAGCAGCAGCAGCAGCAGGCGCCGUUAAACGCGGAGGCGCUGGGGUUCGGCACGGAUGACGCCAUGGAGGCGCUGAUCAGCAGCGCGCACCAGCUGCACGCCUUCGACGGCUACGCGCGGGCGCAGCAGUUCCCCGCCGCAGAAGAAGUCGGGCCGGCCGCGGCCGUGGUGUCAGCCGUGAUCGCCGCCGCGUCGGCUCCUCAUCACCACCACCACCAUCACCAUCACGGCAGCAGCGCGCAUCCAUCCGGCGCCGCGAGCAACCACAGCCAUAACCAUCAUCAUCACCACCACCAACAGCAGCAGCAGCAGCAACAGCAGCAGCAACACGGACACGCACACGCGCACGGGCACGGGCACGGCCACGUGGAUGAGCGCUUCACGGACGAGCAGCUCGUCACCAUGUCGGUGCGCGAGCUGAACCGGCAGCUGCGCGGCGUCAGCAAGGAGGAGGUGAUCCGCCUGAAGCAGAAGCGGCGGACGCUGAAGAACCGCGGCUACGCGCAGUCGUGCCGCUUCAAGCGCGUGCAGCAGCGGCACGUGCUCGAGGGCGAGAAGACGCAGCUGCUGCAGCAGGUCGAGCACCUCAAGCAGGAGAUCGCGCGCCUGAUGCGCGAGCGCGACGCGUACAAGGAGAAGUACGAGAAGCUCGUGAGCAGCGGCUUCCGCGAGAACGGCUCGAGCAGCGACAACAACCCGUCGUCGCCGGAGUUUUUCAUGUCUUCCAGAAAGUUCCUUCACCUGUGACUGUGACCCCGCCCCCAAAGCCCCGCCCUGAAGAAUGAGAUAUCAUGGCAACCUGAGCGGCGAGCGGUGAGACUUGUGGCCCAGGGCUUCCCGAAAAAGCACAACUGCGCCCAUGUAGAUGCUCCGUCUUCACUUCCUUCACCUACGGCUCUACUCUUUGAUGCCUUGUUCUACCUCCAGGCUUCCCUCCUUUAAUUACACCUACGGCUUCUUUUUCUAUCAACUGCGAAAGUGCGAUCCAAGAGAGAUGCUGGAGGUCACAUUUUCUCUUUGGUUGGAAAAAAAAACAGCAUGUUAGGAUAAUUAGCACGACUGUCUUCCAGUAGAGGCGUCCCUCAUGAUGUCGCUCAUAUGCCAUUGUAAUUACCACCAGUUUUUUAUUUUUCAUAAAGGCAGUCUUCCUUCAAUAUAUACCUGUAAAAAUGUUAUGUACAAGAGCAUGGACACUGACUAGCCAAGUCCUCAUAGACCAUUUGGAUUAAAUCUAAGAUAUAUUUUUUAAAUCUGUUUUAAGUUUUCCUUAUAGUAGACUGAAAUUGGGGACAUUUUCCUAGAAAUUACAGAUCUCAUGGAUCAUAAUGCUGAUUAAGUUGCAACUGUAAUACACUCCAGAUAUCCUGAAGGAGAAGGAAAGUGGUUGAAGAAAGGAUUUGAAAGUGAACAGAAUCAUCUCGACUCGGAUAAUUCACUUCAUUCUUCUCCAACAAAACUAAAACUUGGGUGUUAAGCUCAAUACAUUUAUUCAGAGUCCACAAGUUCUUCAUCCUUCUUCUCCGUCCUGUCUCUAAUUUGGUGAACAGAGGAUGGGACAGUAUGUGACCAUUCAUGCUGGACAUGAUCGUCUCCUUGGCCUUCUGUUCAUCGACUAUGGGAGCUCUACUGACCUGAAGAACAUGUGCGAGAGUUCCGUGUAGGAGCUAUCACUAUCCGAACUGCAAUCCCUUGCCUGAAUUCACAGUGCAGUUUAGGCAGGCGAUGCGGAUCGGGUAACGAUGAUGCUGUCUGAUCUGUUAAAAAGAUCUGUGUUAAAGUCUUAGGGCUUGACUCGAUCCACACACACACAUUUAUAACAUACAAAUACGCAAAAACCCAGCAAUAAUAAUAGUAAAAUAAAUAAAUAACCCUUCAGUAAAAAACGUUUGUUAUUCUGGAUAGUAUGGGAGAGUAUGAUCUCCAAUCUUUAUGUUCGGUAACUACAAAAUAUCAAAUCUACCAGUUAAGUUAUCAAAUUUCCAUAAAUAGAUUCUUUAGUCCUGAUCAAUAAGCAUUGUUUUAGUUGGAAUGACCAAGAUAAUCAAUAUAAAAAGAAAGCUCUAUUCUAAAACUGGACUAAUAACAAUAUUUUAGUUUUUUAGAUGCUUAAGACAAAAGGCCACAUGUAUUUUUCUUCAGAAUUUUAAAUCAGUAAAACAUUUCAGUUACUAAAAGACAAUUAGCUGUGUUAACUGAUGCUAUUCCUAAUGCAGUUACUAUACUUGUAACUCUAAUGUCAUGAAAUGACACACAUGCAUGGUACAGAUCAGGCAGCGUCAUAAAAAUGUAAUAAAAUGUGCAAGAGCGCAAAAGUGGAGCGCAUGCACAGUGCAAAUCAAGGCAGAACAGGGCUUCACACGUGACAAGGAAUCAACGAAUAUGCAAAGUUCUUCAAAUGGACAAUCUGAAGAGCUACUCAUGGAUGUGCUGGCAUGAAAUGGUUAAAAUCCAUAGACAAAUCCAUGGUGAGGAACUUCAUCAUCACCUCAACAUCCAGCUCGUUGAGAUCAUCCAGCACAACACUUCAGCACGGGGCGAGAGCUACACGCAGGAGGACACGGAUGGAGAGAAGACAAUAAGUAAAGGGACAAUACGGGGCUUGGUUUUGUACAUAAUGUAAAUUUAGUGUGUAUAGAAAUGUGCAUGCUGCCGUGUAGAUACAAGGACACUAAGGUACUAAGGAUUUCAAUUAGAGCAAAGAGGGACCCAGUCUUAAAAUGGUUUAAAGUCUUAUCCAUCACUAUGUUUCACAUUUUACACACUCCUGAUAGUGUGUUUUCUUUUCUUUUUUUUUCAUCUUAUACUGACGAACAAGCAAGGAAUCAUCAGAGGUGGAAUUUCUUUCUUUCUUCCUUCCUUCUUUCUUUCCUUCAUUCCCAGCUACUAAUAUGUGCGUGUUAACUACAUUCUCUGUGUUGUGCUUUUACUGAAAAUAAUCAAUGAUUCAAUAAUCAACAAAGAAGCCAAGUUACUGUUACCACCCCAAAGUGGAUUAUUUUCCCCUAACAGCAUGACCCAAAGUAUUUUAUUCCUCUUAUACCACAACAAUUUACAAAUGAUUAAAUGUUUUUAUUUUAUUUAUUUAAUUUUUUUAAUUAGACGCUCUUUUUCCUCUUUCUUCGAGGUAAUAAGACAAAAACAAUCGCAGCUUGUCAUGUUACAGAGACACCGUAAAGUGUAAACUCCUCUGUCCUGAAGAUAUCAGAAAAGCUACAGCUUUACCUCUGACUGUUACAAAGUGCUGACACUGGGGACUCCUUCCAUAAAUGUUAAAUAAAUAUCUCCUAACAGAAAGCUUCACCAUAUCAACAAUGUCCACUGUACAAAUCCCUGUGAAUAAAUUACUGCACUGCUGUCAGAGCUGCUGCUAUAGGAAAUUAAUCACCUUCUGACCAAUCAGAAUCCAGAAUUCAGCAGCGCUGUGGAAUAACAUAUUCAAAACAUCUCAUUAGCACCACAACAGUUUCAUUCCACACUUUCACUUGAGCAUUAAUUUUCUGUACUUUCUUUCACCCAUGGGAAUCAUUAAUUUGGGGAAAGCUGGACAAAUGGUGGUGUGAUUUUUGUUUCCUAACAGCGUUUAAGGAUUAAAAUCAGCCAGGCCAAUUAAAUGCUGCAGCGCAAAGUAGAAAAGGGCGCUUUGCCAGAAAUCGUCUAUUGAUCUGACAUUCUCAGAUCGUGCAUAUGGCCUGAGGUCCAACCAAAAAAGAUGAAUCAGUAUCUAUCUAUCUAUCUAUCUAUCUAUCUAUCUAUCUAUCUACGCCAAUUACUGCAGUAGGCCUCUUCAAUAGCAAGAGUUGACUCAUUUAAAUUUCCCGUCCCCUGCUAUCUAAUCUGCUUGAUUGAAAUGUGCCAAAUUUCAUUCUAAUGAAGAAUGACACAUAAAGCUCGGAUUUCAAUCUUACUCUUCAGAGAGAAAACACUUUAGGACUGAUAAUUCCUGAAUCACAUUCUUAAACUUUGCUUAACCCCGAAGCUAUGUUCCAAAUGUCUUAUCACUCUUUCACGGCUUUUAACACCAAACACAUGAGCAAGGUGGUCUCGAUUCGCUCUAUUGCACACUGAAAGAACUUUGACUCUUAAUCGACCCGGAAGUGACGCAUGCAUGCUGUGCAUUUUACAUUUUUUUAGAUGUGAGCCAAAGGACAAAGCUGUAGCACUGAAGAAAUGCCAGUGAGUAAAAAUGCUUUACUGGGAUGUUUUCAGCCCUACACACCCUGUCUUUUCUGUUUGUUUAAUUGUGCAUAUAUACAUAUUUUUCAUCAUAGUUGCUCUGAACUCAUCCAUAAGUCCUACAUUUUGCAGCUUCAGCUGUGUAAACUUCUAGUUACCAUGUAAAUUUUUGGCAAUAGCCUCCAUAAAGACAAUUAAUUUUUUUUUUUAAAAAACUCACAAUUUGCAUAUCUGCUCUUUUAACUGAUUUCACAGAAGGAGAUUUAAAAAAAAAGAGAAAAACACAUACAAAAAAACAUUUAAUCAGACUCCUGCCCUGGAUUAAGCAAACAUGGUGUGGGCUAAAAAAAAAAAAAAAGAGCAAAAUGAAACGUCAGUUGUCAGUAAAUGUUACUAUCAUGCCUAUUAAAGAGGCCUCUGUAGCAAGCAGUGGUACGUUUACCUGAGGCUUUAGUUGUGAAAUAUUAAUAUUCUUACGAAUUUUUCAAUGUCAGCCUGGCUGAAGCAAAGCAAUUCAGCAGCUUGCCAUUGUUGAGUUAUGACCAACUUUCUGACUAACUUUUUCAAUCUUAGGUAAUUUUCACAUUUUUUUUCUUCCAGACACGAGACAGUUUCCCCUGAGAGUGGUGAAGUGUGAAAACUAUAUUUGAGAUCAGGAGUUGUCUAGAGAGCUAAUUCCUGGUCAUCUUGAAAAUGGCGGUCUGGAAAUCGGCUAAUAUUUUGCAAACCUGAGUGUACAAAAGUGACAUAUGGAAUUGCUCAAUCAAUCCAAAGUUCAGAAUGAUUUAUUUUAUGUGAAAGCAAACCUUCGAUUAUUUGCCCUGACCCCUAAACGAGCCCAGACUCAGUCCUAGUUGGGGACUCAAGUAUUUGGAAACAUUUAACAGUCCAUGUAGAACCCUACACCAGAGAGGUUCAACCCUUUUGGAAGUAAAACUAAUAAAGUAAAACUGCAGCCUGAAACAGAUAUGUUUAAUGAAAUAUCUCUGAUGUGUUUAGCAUUUCUGCUGCUAGUCUGUUUGUUGAUGCUAUAUUUUCCUGUUUCCUGAGAGGUGUUAGCAAAUAGCAGUUGUGUGCCAGUUACAAUGGUGUAUAAUAGGAGAAAAUAUUUAAGUGGGAUAAAUCCCACAACACCACUAUCACCAGGCAGUCAAACCCGUUAACUGUUAACAUGAAAACAGACCUCUAGAACCAAAAAUACAGAAUCUCAAAAACUCUAUACUAUCCAUAUAACCUUAAAAAUGAACUGCGUAGCCAUUUCUCGAAUGCAAAUGAUACCUAAUUUGCAUCACUGUAUUGAUUUUUAAUCACAUGUUUGGCUUAAUAAGGCUAACAUCCCCACAAGAAGUGCUAAAUUAAACUUUCUAUUCAAUAUCUUCUGGUGAUAUAACUUCCAAUUAAAGCCUACAAAUAUGUGAAAAAACAAACACUGAACAUACUUGCUUCAUUUUCGUAUCAUGCACAUGAUUUUUUUUUCUUUUUUUCAUUGUCAACUUCAUGGAAAGAGAGGCCACUUUACCUUGUUACUGUAGUGCUGUUACACAGCUGUGAACUAGGCUAAUACGUGACUAAUGCAUUACAGGCUGAUUGGAUAGAGCAAACAGUGGCUGUGGAGACAGACAGUAGUGGACAGCAUGGCUUGGGUUAUGUAAUAACCUUUUUUCCCUCAUGGCCUGACUUACAUAUACUAUACUGGGUUGAUUUAAAGGGCUACCAUUCUUUUUUUGCGGUCCACACUUAAUAACUAUAAUAAAGAGGAUACUAUGAAGUCAGAUGAGUUCAGAAAAAAAAGAAAGCAUAAUGGAAUUUAUUCUUCUACAUUACUUCCCACCAAUUCUCAGGAGAUUUUCUACAUCUGACACAUGUUCAAAUGUACAUGACAUGUUUAUCCAAGCCAUGGUUUUGCCAGAGUUUUGUGAUAUAAAGAUUAGGAGAUCCUGUGAGGCAGAUGUUUUGAGAAAGGGAUUGGCAGGUCAUGGGGAUUAGUGAAUAUAUCCUUCUGUUUUUCCAGCUUUCUCGUUUGCACAGAUCUUUUCAAUCCUUCCUGGAACUGGACAUAUCUUAGACAGCUAACUCGAAUUACAAUUGGUGUGAAAAUGGGGGAAAAACUUUUAGACAUGAAGUAGAAAAUACCACAGGGAAUGUAUAGCUCAUCCAAACUGACAUGGUUUGAUUGUGUUAUGUCCUGUAGGAAAAGAGGUUUCACACUUUUUUCGGUAUAAAGACACUCCAGGAAGUGCUCUGUCUUUUCUAUCAUCUCAUACCAAAACCAAAAGGAACCAAGUUUUGGCCAUGUUUAAAACACAGAACAAUAAAAUAUAGAUGAUGUCAGAGAAACAGGGCUUCUGUGGAUUUUAAGUAAGUUACUGAAUUUCUAGCACAGGUGCAGCCCAUGGACAUAUUAUGAUCAGGUGACCUACUAAUGAUCAUGUACAGCUUGUACAACAACAAGCCCUACAACAAGCGCUUAUAGGAAAGGACUAAAGACAAGAAUCUGUGGGUUUGGAUAAGGUAGAGCUGGGGUGAGGGCUUGAAGAAACCAGAAACUAUAGAGGAAGAAAUCCAGAGGCAAACAAGAAAUGUUCAAAUAGUCUGUGGUAGUUUCUUCAGACUUUCAGACUCUACUGUAUCAUGAUUCAAACAAGGAUUUUGUUAAGCUACCUAAGGGCUAUGGUGCUGACAAAACUUUUGGUUUGCUUUGGUUAUUUUAAAAUCAAGAUAUUUGUCUUUCAGAGGCAGGUGGCAUGAGUCCAUAUGCCUUAUGUCCUGAUGACCAGAAAUCAGAGUGCAAUGUUUAAGCCUGAAUGGAGCUAAUGGCUCUGCUAAGACCACGGCAACUUAAAGAUGAGAUCACCUCUGAAGAAGACCUAUGAGCCUAGAGAUUAACUUUACCAUUCAACAUGCAACUAAUUGCUCAGAUUUGACCUCUAGUGAACUCUCAGAGUUAUUGGUUAUACACUUGCCAUCUUUCCACAGUCCUCUCGAUAAGAAUGGUGUCCUAUUGUGAGAGGAUGGUGACACCUAAAGUCUAAAGUGACUUACAAUUGAGCUGAGCUGUUAAAUGAUGAGGGCCUUGUUUAGGGACCCAACAGUGGUAGUGUGGUCUGUAUGCCAGAGCCCUAACUGCUGAGCCACCACUGCCCAUUUGUUGCCAAGAAUCAGAUCUUAUUGAAAGGGUUCAUACCAGGUUAGAGCUUCUCUUCACUCGAGAGUGUGUCAUACAGGUUUAGAGAGCUAAAGAGGUGGCUGGAGACUUUAGAGACAGGUUAGACAAUCUAUCUGUCUUCUGAAGGCUUGAUUUGGGUUUGGUACACCAAUGGAAAGCACUGAGAAAACUUAGAAUUCUAGAAAAACUAACACCAUAAAAGGUAUUCUUUCCUCUCAUGCUAAAGUAAAAUGCGUUAAAUGCACCAAUGCUCACAUAUGGUUAAGACCGAAUCAGUGCAUUCAGGCGCAAUAAGUACGUUUAUCCAUUGAGCCGCAUGUUUGGUUUCCAGGGCUUAUAAUGGCGUUCAGCUGGUGGAGAUGAGUAACUCUUGCCACAACAAAAGCCACCUGUGACAAACUCAACAGUAUUCUCGAAUUCUAGCCUGGCAGUAUGGUUUCCUAAGUGCACUGACUCACUGGAAUCCAGAAUAGAUGCAUCAGACCUGGAACAAUGGAAGCUUGGUACAUGGUGGACGUCUAGAUGAGCAGCUCAGCAGGUGGCCUCUAAAUGCCUCCCAAUGGGGGUGUGGCAGUAAUCCACUUUAUAUUAGAGCUUGGAAACAGGACUGUCCAGAAAAUCCCCUAGAACAAAGAUGGCAAAGAGGGGAAAAGAAGAAAUCUCGUUUCCUUAGGAUGUAUCUCAGCAGCAUGGUCAUUAGAACCUGACUGGAAGCAUCAAGACCAAAUAGGGUUCUGCCUUUUCUCAUUUUCCUGAUGCCUGGUUCUCUCACUUGAAAGCUAGCCAUUAAAAGCCACCUUGUCUACACCCAAUGGAAGCUUAGCUCGUUUUUUAUUUCCUUAGCCCUGCCAUGAAAUGGCCGUUCAAAUAAAAAUCGAGGCCAAGCAGCAAUUUUCAUAAAAAAAAGAUGAAAAAACGCUGUUGCUCGAGCACAAUUAAAAAGCAUCGCUCCUGUUGUAAAGCCAGCUCUCAGAGGAACUGCUCCUGCAGCCGAGGGUUAAUUAGUGUUUUCUCUUUAUUUCAAUAUCAGUGUUAAAUGUCCGCUUUAUAUCACAUGAGAGUCUGCAGACCGGCUUUUGAUGAGGCUGAGAUGAGUUUAGGCUUGAGGGGGUGCUGGGGGUGUCCCCGAGAGGGGUGUGGGGGGGUCAUAUUGCCUUGAUGAUUAGCCCCCUACCUCUUGGCCUGUGUGACCCCAGCCAGAGAUAAGCUUCAUGGCAUAACACACUAACAUGCCUACCUUACACACAUACACACAUCGGUUUGGGAAAGAAUUCAUGCGUGUUGGGGGAAACAGUCUCUUGGGGUUUUACAUGAAUUUUCAUUUUCAUUUUCAUUGGACAGCCUGUUAAAGAAAAGCAAGAGGUUCAUUUUCUUUAUUACGAUAGUGUAAUUUCUCAUGCAAGCUGUAGAUGAGGGUUUUUUCCCCAAUCAAUGUCUUCCAUUUUUUUAUAUCCUUCAUUAGAACGGCCGAGCACAAUGAACAAUACUGUAUUAACAUGUCACCCAUGAUGGUGGAUGUUUUCUUCUUUUUCUUUGCCUUUCUUUUUUUGUGCAAACUGUAGCUAAAAAACAAAUGGUUUUUUUUUUGUUGUUGUUGUUUUGUUUUUUAUUUUCAGUCAGCAUCUUCUAUUUUUGUAAUUUUUCUAUAAAUGUCACUACCCUUUUGGGUUUGUACAUUCUGUUCCAUAUUUCUUGAUGUCCUUCAUUAUAAUGGCUGACCACAGUGUGAAAAAAACAAACAAACAAAAAAAAAACUUAUCAAUAUGUCUUCCAUCACGACAGGUUUUUACUUUUAAUUUUUUCACCCCAAUCAAGUUCUUCUUCUUUUUUUUUUUUUUGGUGCAAUAUUUAUGUAAAAUGCUGCCAUAUUUUUGAAGCCCUUCAUUAUAGCAGAUGAUCCAAAAAAAAAAAUCCUUGUCAGUAUGUCUUCCAUGAUGGCAGGUGUUUUCUUCAUUUCUCGUGCAGUGUCUAGCUUCAAUCAACUUCUUUCAUUUUUUGUAAUAUUUGUAUAAAAAUGUUAUUACCUUCUUAAAAAAUUUGGUCAUUUUGUUCCAUAUUUCUUGAUGUCCUUCAUUAUGAAGGCUGAUUGUAAUGAAGAAAAACCUUAUCAAUAUGUCUUCCAUGAUGGCCGAUGUUUUCUUUAUUUCUCAAGCAACCUUUCACUGAAAAAGAAAAUCAUUUCUGAGUUUUUUGAAGGAUGUUCCAUUUUUGUAAUUUUGGUAUAAAAAUUUGACCGCGUUUUAUUUUAUUACUUUUAUUUGGACAUGUUUCUUUGCUGUCCAAAUAACAAUAUGUCUUCCAUGAUGGCCGGUGUUUCCUUUAUGUGCAAAUUUGAUCCAAGAGAAAAAUGAGACUUUUCUUAAUAGUUUUUUUUUCCUUAUUGUCAGACAUUUCUUUCUUCUUUAUUUCACUUUCUUUAGCUCUUUAACAUGUAUGUCUUCUGUGUGCUUUGAACUGUACUUUGAACUUCCACCUCAAGGAAAAAAAAAUCUUUAUUUUAUUUUAUUUAUUUUAUUUUUUUUGUUUGUUUUUGGUCCAGUACCUCAGUACCUGUAAAUAUGUUGUAAAUGUGAUGCAGCUAUGCAUGCUAAUACACUAGCAGUUUGUUCAGGUAAUUUUGUAAUCAAAAAUUCUCAUAUGGCAUGUAUAGAAAAGAAACAAUCAAGUAAAAAAAAGAAUAAAUAACAUAAAAAAAUGAAUAAAAAAUACCAUAAGAACUUCCAUUAUUAAUUUUAUCUUCAGUACACGUUUAAUUUAUAUUUUGCUGGUAGCUUGCUAAUAAUGACUGUGGUUUAUAAGGUGAUGUUCCUGCUUCAUCGGUACGGAGUGUCUGAGGUGACCAGAAGGCUAUUAUUUUAAUAAGGUGUGGACGCAAGUGACAUGAAAGAUCAUGUCUAACAUAUUGUUAAAUUAGGAAUGGGGAGGGCCUAGGGUCCAUUUAGCAAAUUUCAGUUUUGUAUAAGGAGGUGUUUUUUUUUUUUUUUAAUUUGAUGUGGAAAACAGUCCACAACUUACUUGCAAACAAGUAUUUAUGACCAAUGAAACAUAUUAUUAUUAUUAUUAUUAUUAUUAUUAUUAUUAUUAUUCAGAUCCUACACCAAUCAGAAGUCUGAUCAUUUUGCUACAGUCUUAUAGCUGUCAUAUCUUUGCUUGUAAAGUGUAUGGUUGAUUCAAAUUUCCAUCUCAGUAGAAGUAAUGGGUCAUUUUUUAUUGAUUUAGCUUUUAAUCCAGCCACAAACUACAGAUAGUCACGUAGCCCUUUCUUUGCUGGAAAACAUAUUUAAAACAUAUCCAUUUAAUGUAUGGGUAUUUUAUUGACUGAUGAAUGUUAGUAUGGCACGGAUUCCCAACCCUAGAUUCCCACUAGCAACCAGUAAAGCUUCAGGAGACUGUUCAUUUUGUUUUAUUCAUGUACUUGCAUGAUAUGAAGCUUCAUUUCAACAACUAGUGAUAUGUGAAUAUUUGAACUAUGCAGAUUUGAAGCAGUAAAGCAAUAAAUUCAAACAAUUGGCUCGAUUUAUUCCUAGGACUAAUCCCAAUCCCAACUUUCCAUUCCAACUGCCAAUUAGCUCUGGUAAAUGAAACAAAUAUGUCAUAUACAACCUUUUAUUUAAUGCGUAUAGAGACAUUACGAAGUUGGGAAGGAAGUAGCAGAGAUCAUUGUUGUCUCUGGUGAGUGUACAUAGCUAAUGCAGUUGCUUGCUUUGCAAAUGUAAUUUGAAAAUGAAGCUAAUAACAAAGACAAGCAUCUAAUUGCAGCUCAAAUAACCAGUGAACACACUGAUUACUGUGUUUUUUUUUUAAACUUGUGUUUAACUACUGACCUACUACUGUUUUUAAUUGGAUAGCUGGGCAGGCCACGCCCACAACUGACAACACAUACUAGUGUGCACAUAUGGUACAGACUAAUAUGUUGAGGAAACUAAGAAACUCAAGGCCAUAAAUUAUUAUAUCCGUGGCCUCAAAUUGUGUAACUUGAGCCCAUGAUGUAAUACGCAGUCGAAUGUUAUGUUAAUCACCAAUUAAUUAUUUGUUGGAAAACGUCUAUUUGUUUUCCAGUCAUUUCCAUGCUUAGGUUCCUAACUCAAUUCAUUUUGCUGUGUUGCUCAUUUUUUAUGAGAAAUAUUUAUUAGCCAUGAAAUAGAUCUCAAGAAAUGUAACUCCUGGCCUCAAUCUAUGAAUAAUUAUUGAUAUACAGUUAUUUUAAAAAAUAGCCACUGUGUCACUUCAGCGGCUCGGUACAUUAAGGAUGGAAGGAAAGGAUACAUUUGCGGAAAAAAAAAGAAAACGCAAAAUACAGCACUCUUUUCAAUGUACAUCGAGAACUGUAAAAAUGUUUGAUUGCAGGUUUUACUUUAUACAUUUACAAUUCUCUCUAAUCGUCCAUAUAGGGUCGGAUCUUUAGACUUAUAGGGUCGGGUAUUUUAAAAAGCUUUAGAGAAAAGAAGAAAAAAAAAGAGUUAUAGUUAGAGUAAUUGUAGACGUGAUCGAUAUCCUGUGCAUAUCGAUGCUCUUUACCAAAAUGUAACACCACCAGCUUUAGAAAUGAGGAAAUUAAUAACAGGGAUUUAAGAAAAACUCAAACGCAGUACCAUGGACAUGUGAAUACCGGCAACUAUUUCUCUACGCACUUUAGUUGCAGGUAAAGUUCUUUUGUACUUAUUUACUAAAAUUAAAACUAAAAUGCCAAGGCUUCUCAAUCAAAGCAAUGGGCAUGUCUGAGUGAUUAGCAUUGCCUCAACCCUGAAAAUCUCCAAUCUUUCACUGGACUGAUGGGUGAAAUAGAAACUGGAUCACUGACAGGGAUUUUGUUCCGGGUUUAUUUUUUAUUUUAAUUAAUUUGUUUUCCAGACUUUUCAUUUAAAACCCUGUGAGAAAUGGAGGUCUGCAGUGGUGUAAUUUUUAAA